AUGAUCCGUCAACUCGCUACCUUGGCCAUCGUUGCUGCCAUCGCCUUCGCGGCUCCAUUCAACAGCCUCGAGGAUAUUCCUCCUGAGUACAGAGAGCUCAUUCCCAAGGAAGCUAAGGACUUCCUCAACGGCCUUACCGAUUCCGACAAGGCUGUUCUCAAGGAAAUUGCCAAGGACUAUGCCAAGUACAAGAACGAAGAUGAGGCCCUGGCUGCCCUGAAGGAGAAAUCACCCGAACUUGGAGCUAAAGCCGAAAAACUCCACGAAAUGGUCAAGGGAAAGAUCGACGCACUCAAUGACGAAGCCAAGGCUUUCGCCAAGGAGAUCAUCGCUGGUGCCCGCAAGAUCCAAGCUGCCGUUGUUGCCGGUAACAAGCCAAAUCUGGCUGAACUGAAGGAGAAGGCUCAGAAGGCCAUCGAGAAGUACAAGGCUCUGUCUGACCCCGCUAAGGAGGACCUCCAGAAGCAAUUCCCCAUCCUGACAUCUGUCUUCAAGAACGAGAAGUUCCAGAAGAUGGCCGAAACGUUGCUGGCCAAGAACUAG